GUCAGCGGCGAUGCAGGUCAGAGCUCUGAGAGAUUACUGCAACAACUACGACCUGACGAGCCUCAACAUCAAGACUGGAGACAUCAUCACGGUUCUGGAGCAGCAUUCUGACGGCCGGUGGAAGGGUUGUAUCCAUGACAACCGGACAGGAAAUGACCGCGUUGGUUACUUCCCCUCCAGCAUGGUGGAGGUCAUCAGCAAGAGGCCAGGUUCUCGGAGCUCUGAGGCCAGUCCCCACGGCUCUCCCACCUUAGGCCAGCAGGGCGGCGCCAGCGAGGACGUCUGGGUGCUCCGGAAGCCCCUCGCAGGUGGUGACCGUAGCAGCAGCGUGGGUAGCCUGGGUAGUGUUCGUUCCCUCGGCAGCGUCCAGAGUUCUGGAAAUACCCAACACGCCCUGAAUACGCCUCCUCCUCCUCCGCCCGCCGCGGCACACGCUACUAACACGCCACCUAGCAGUCUGAACACACACGGCCUCAACGUUCCCGGGCUGCAUGCACAGGCGGAGGGAGUCAAGCUCCUAGCCACGGUGAUGUCCCAGUCAAUAAAGGCAAAGGAACAUCUGUUGGAGCAGUCCAGGUCUGUGGAGCAGGCGGUAGCAGAAGCUGCAGCUAAGAGUCCAUCUGGUUGUCCUCCUCAUGAGCAGCGCUCCUUUGAUCGUAAGGCAGAGGCAGAUGGGAAGGACCUGACAGCAAUCGGGGUAACUAAACCAGGCCAUCGUAAGAAGAUGUUAUCAGAGAUCAGCAAACUGCCGUCUGGUGACUGGCUACCUGACCACAAACCUGCCAGCCUGGGAGAGUGGUUGUCAGCGAUCGGGCUGAGCCAGUACUACCAGGUUCUGGUGCAGAAUGGAUACGACAACAUCGACUUCAUCACUGAGAUCAGCUGGGAGGACCUGAAGGAGAUCGGCAUCACCAAGCUGGGCCACCAGAAGAAGAUAAUGUUAGCAGUGAGGAGGCUGAGGAAGUUCCAGAGAGGAGAGGGAAGUUCUCAGCCUUCUACCCCUCCUUCCUCCUCCACCCCUCCUUCCUCCUCCACUCCUCCCCCCUCUACCCCACUUCCCUCUACUGGGAGGGGUCAGAGGCCCCCUCCCACUAAACCCCGGCCAGGGAUUGGCUCACCACCUCACACUCCCACCAAGACCCACCCCUCCUCCGCCAAGGCUCGAUCCCACCCCUCCACCCAGCCCCCACCAGCUGAAUCGCCCGUCCAAGAAGGGGGCGUGUCUGUUCCUUUACUCUGUCUGCCAAUGGAGGAGGAGCGUCGGCGAACUCAGAGCCUGAUUGGCUACUCGGGGUCCGAAGCCGACGCCCUCUCGGUUCCAGACUUCGCCCCUAGAUACGCCACGGUCUGCCGCAGCAGCUCGACUCGGAGCUCCGACCCCAACGACGCGACUGUCAACCGCAGCCAAUCGUCAGUCACGCUGCGGCCCAGGAGGAAAGGCCGGCCCCCGACUCCGCCCAAACGGUCGUGUUCCUCCAUCUCCGGGGGCGACGGGCUAGGGGAGGGGCUGGGGGGCCUGCUGGGGGUAGAAGGGUUCAGGGAGAGGCGAGCCAGCGACUGUGGAGGGCUGGCAGAGAGGAGGAGGAAGGAGGAGGAGGGGGAGGGGGGGCUGGUGAGGUCAGAAGGGGCGGGGGGCGUCGGAGCAUCGCCGCCAUGUUGGAGACAUCGAUGGGAGGAGUUGGACCAGGAGGGGAGGGCCAAGACCCUGCCCAGAACCAUGAGGGGAAGCGGCAGCUACCUCAACCCUCCACAGUACAACGUGGGUCAUUCCCACCUCCACAACCACAAGCAGGAGGAUUCCAACACCCACCGUGGUGAAAAGCCACCCACGGACCCCCCCCACCCACCCCCUACGCCAAUCCCGGCCCAACAUGGUGAAAAGCCACCCACGGACCCCCCACCCCCUACGCCAAUCCCGGCCCAACAGGGUGAAAAGCCACCCACGGACCCCCCACCCCCUACGCCAAUCCCGGCCCAACAGGGUGAAAAGCCACCCACGGACCCCCCACCCCCUACGCCAAUCCCGGCCCAACAGGGUGAAAAGCCACCCACGGACCCCCCCCACCCCCUACGCCAAUCCCGGCCCAACAGGGUGAGUCUAGCGGCGCUGCGGCGCCAGGCCGGGUCAGGUGGUCUGGGGUCUGAUGAUGACGACGUCGUGAAUCGCCGUCGGACCAUCAGCGGUCCGCUCACCGACCAGACAGAUUCCGCCCAGAUCCAGUCCCCACGGCAACACACUGAGCUAUGCCCAGAACCACGCCCACGCUCCACAGUCGCCACGCCGACAGGAGAAGGGCUUAUUACGGAUGGAACAGCGACCAUCAACCGAAGGAGGAAGCCCCCCCCCCUCCACUAUUCUGACGGAGAGAAGUUCCAUCUGACGGAGACAGACACCAUUCGCGACGCCCACGCAGCCGCGAGCACAGCCCACGACCAAUCAGGCGACAGCACAACCAGCAGCAGCCAACCAGAGAUUAGCAUAACCAGCAUCGACCAACCAGCGAGUGGCACACCUGGUAGCAGCCAACCAGAGAUUAGCAUAACCAGCAUCGACCAACCAGCGGCGGCACACCUGGCAGUGGCCAACCAGACAUUAGCAGGAAGAGCAUUGACCAACCAGAGAGCAGCGCGCCAGGCAUUGACCAAUCCCAUCGCAGCCUGUUGGCCCCCAGCAGCUGAACGGAGGGUCGACCAAUCACAGCGAGCGUUGUCCUGCGGAGGCGGCCUUUGUCGGAGGCUGAAGCGGCCUCUCGCAGGGAGAGCUGUGAUAGGCCAGAAAUCCGAGGCGGUGCCUCCCCCAGUCUGCCUCAAACCCAGCCCCCCUCCCACCGCUCCUAAACCCGCCAAGCCCUCCCUCUCCUCCCCACCCCUCACCCUAGACCUCUCCCUGUCCCAGACACGCUCCCCUCCCCUCCUCCCUGUCCCCUGUCCCCCCACACCUCCCCCUCCACCAGCCCCUCCACGCCCCAGACCCCCUCCACCCCGGGUCCACCCCCCACCCGUCAAGCCUCCCCGCUCCGCCAUCGCUGGCCUCUCUGUUCGACCUGCUGGGGGGGAGGGGGGGAGGAGAGAGGGGGGAAAGACUAAAGAGGACCGGAGAGAAGUUGAGAAGGAGGAGGAGGUGAUGGAGGAGGCUCCAGCCCAAGUAGAGGGGGUGAUAAAGGAGGUGCAGCACCAGAGGUUGGUGGAGACCAGCGCCUCCCUGGCAGCAGCUCUGGAAGCUGUGGAGCAGAAGAUUAACCAGGAUGACACACACAACCAUUCUCUAGUGGAGGAGAAGACGACAGUCAACAUUCUAGAUGACAUCGGCAGCAUGUUUGACGACCUGGCGGACCAGCUGGACGCCAUGUUGGACUAGAGC